UUCGAGGAUAUACCUGUGGUCACUCUUCAGAAAACUUUUGUCGCUUAAAAAAAAAGUUUACCUAGAAAACAAGCAGAAUGUUCGUUGUACGUCGUACGUCUCGCCUUUACCCUGCUGGAGUCCAGCUGGCCAAGAUGAGCGGCAGCCAGGUCGGCGACCUUGGCAGUGGCGCCGGACGGGGCGGUGGCGGUGGUGGCUCCAUUCGGGAGGCUGGAGGUGCCUUCGGCAAAUUGGAGGCUGCCCGUGAGGAGGAGUACUUCUACAAGAAGCAAAGGGAGCAGCUGGAUCGCCUGAAGAACGACCAGAUCCACCAGGCUGAGUUCCACCACCAGCAGAUCAAGGAGCACGAGGAGGCCAUCCAGCGCCACAAGGAGUUCCUCAACAACCUGAACAAGUGAGCGGCCGGCCACUGGGAGAAUGUGACAACGCUGAUGUGUUAACUCGAGACAUUUACUUAAAUGCAUUUCACUCUCUUUUGUAUUUCCCCAAGUGCACACCUUAUGCCACCAAUAACUCAAAAAUGUUAAAUGUAUUUGAAUACCACAACAAUAAAAUAACCAUAUUUUAAAGGCUUUAAAUGAA